AGUUACACCAAACAUUGCCAAAGUUAACACGUGCGGGAUAAGUGAAUUUUAUAUCGUACUCAUACAGAUAAAAUACGCAUUUACCGAGCUAAAAUGGUGGGGAAGAUUAAACGCAUCCGCCAAAAGCUUCAUCACGGCGCUGUGAGACUUGACAAUGAAAACGAGAAAGGUCACGCGCUCGGGAAUCUAGAGAAAGCGCCGACACCAUUAACACAUGUGCACAGCAGUGAACUCACAAAAACAGAUUUAACACAAAUCAAAAUAAACACAAUUGACAGCGAUGCAAAGGCAUUUAAUUUUCCCUGUGGAGUUUUUGCUGGGACGAAAAUCUCUCCGGAGUCUUUAGUUCAAACUCUGAAGUUUGAUGAACCAUCAAAUGUGACUGUAACCAAACAGCCAGCAGGUGAACCCAAAGGUUCAGGAGAACGAAAACAACAGUCCAAGAAAUCAAAAAUGAAGGACCGUAGAGACCGAUGGCUUAACAAGAUUAGCACGAUUAAACAGGAGCGUGAGCAGCAGGUUGCGCGAGCGCGGAGAAAAGCCACGCCCGUCGUGGGAGACAUGAGACCGCUGGCCGACGCCCUUCCUGAACUCUCCCAGCUCCUCCCAUCCCUGAAACACCCUGCCGGCAUACAUCGGAAAAAUAAAAGUUUGAUUAAGAGAAAACCAGAACCUACAGACUUCAGCGUUAUGAAACCGGCCCAGAAACGAAAGAUACUGGAGGCCGAGGCGUCUCACUUCAGCGAAGCCAUGAAAAACCCCGCCUUCAAAACCAACCCCUUUGCUGCGAUUGGCGAACAUCUAAGGAAAAGACUAAAAGAGGAAGACGAACAGAGUUAAACUCAAACACUAUACCUCAAAUGUACGUUGAUCGUACGCCGAAACAAACAAAUGCAUGCAGCAUUGGUUAAAGUUCCCAUAUCUUUACAUUAGGAUAUGAAGUCCAAGAGAUUUUACAAGGGCGCAAUUUCUGGCACUACAGUAUGGAGAACACAGUCUAAUGAACGUAUCGGCAUGUUUGACAGCUUUGCUUGAGAUCUGAGCGUAAUUUAAUAAAUGAAUCUUAAAGUGUUGAAUGAA